GCGGUUCUGCGCACGCUCGGGGGCCAUAUUAGCAGCGGAUUCUCGGACGGCGCUGGUGGCUUCUCUCCCGCGGAGUAAAGUGCUCCGCGUACAUCUCGACUUUUCAGGGUCUUCUCUCUGGAAUUAUAUAAAGUGCAGAAAACAUGUCUCGAAGAUAUGACUCCAGGACCACUAUAUUUUCCCCAGAAGGUCGCCUAUACCAAGUUGAAUAUGCCAUGGAAGCUAUUGGACAUGCAGGCACCUGUUUGGGAAUUUUAGCAAACGAUGGGGUUUUGCUUGCAGCAGAGAGACGUAACAUCCACAAGCUCCUCGAUGAAGUCUUUUUUUCCGAAAAAAUUUAUAAACUCAAUGAGGACAUGGCCUGCAGUGUGGCAGGCAUAACUUCGGAUGCUAACGUUCUGACUAAUGAACUGAGGCUCAUUGCUCAAAGGUAUUUAUUACAGUAUCAGGAGCCAAUUCCUUGUGAGCAGUUGGUUACAGCAUUGUGUGAUAUCAAGCAAGCUUAUACACAGUUUGGAGGUAAACGUCCCUUUGGUGUUUCAUUGCUGUAUAUUGGCUGGGAUAAGCACUAUGGCUUUCAGCUCUACCAGAGUGACCCUAGUGGAAAUUAUGGGGGAUGGAAAGCCACAUGCAUUGGAAAUAAUAGUGCUGCAGCUGUGUCAAUGUUGAAACAAGACUACAAAGAAGGAGAGAUGACUUUGAAGUCAGCACUUGCUUUAGCUAUUAAGGUGCUAAAUAAGACCAUGGAUGUUAGUAAACUGUCUGCUGAAAAAGUGGAAAUUGCGACUCUGACAAGGGAGAAUGGAAAGACGGUAAUCAGAGUUCUCAAACAAAAAGAAGUGGAACAGUUGAUCAAAAAGCAUGAGGAAGAAGAAGCUAAGGCUGAGCGUGAGAAGAAGGAGAAAGAACAGAAAGAAAAGGAUAAAUAGGAGCCAAAAUCAGGGAUUUGAUAACUCACUCGGGCACCAUUUCAGUGUGAAAGCUGUCCUACACUUCCGUGCUGAGAAGGCUUUGACUUUUUUUUAAUUUGUACAGCGGAAAACUGAAUUGGGCCCUUGUCAUUUCUGUCCAGUUGAAUACUUCGUUGUAAUGAUGAUGAUUACUCUUCAUGGACAUCUUAAUCUCCCACACACGCAUCCCCUUUUUUUGGAAUAAAACCUGGAAAGGAUGGAAAUGGUGAAGGAAAAA